AUGUCCUACUCGUUCCUCUUUCGCUAUGUACUAAUUGGCGAUUCGGGUUCGUUCAUUUAAUUUGCCUUACCUGUCUGUAGCCGCUGGUAAAUCUUGUAUUCUACUCCAACUUACGGAGAAAAAGUUCGAGCACCUGUUCAACUUGACGAUAGGUGUGGAAUUUGGUUGCUGCCAUGUAACUGUCGGGGAAAUUCCAAUUAAAAUACAGGUCUGGGAUACGGUGAGUGUUCACAUUUUCAUGUUCAAUGCUCAGGUUUAAUCGACCCGCCAUACGGCAUACGUCAUAUCUCUAUACAAACAUACGACGCAAACUCGCACUUACUACCCUAACUCUGAAGCCGGAUGGCCCACUACUAUGUUUAAGUUGAUUCGAUGGGACGAUGUUUUAAGUAUUUCCUAAAUAUGGUUGGCCUGGGCUCACUUAAGUGAGUAAGUUUACACCGGUGUCACAAUCGCAUGCCUAGUUCUUGCACACGUUCAAAUGGACAGAUGGAACAAAGCUAUCGUUUUAUGUCUGUAUUUCCGAACCAAGAUUUCUCUUAGUAUCUGGCUUAUUCGGGACACACGGCCACACUUAACGAAAAUACUACCAUCGUUUUCAAAGACAGUUGGUUCUGCCUCGUUUGCUCCCAUUGUUGGCACCUUGAUUAAAAUAAGCUUUAGAGGUAUGGAUGCGCCUUUUAUUUGUCCUGCAAACUAGCGUCUUGUUGUUACCGUUUCGUUCAACAACUUUCUUUGUUUUUCUUAGCCUACAAUAUCCCAUUUGAAAAUAAGUAAGAUUCUUUGGGAAGGGAAAAACCUUUAAUGCGUAAAUUUUCGAGCCUGGUUCCCCAGCUCGUCAUCAGACUUUUGGGUUAUGUGCAAAAACAUUUGACUAUUUAACCCUGUUGAACAAGUUAUUCUGUGGUUGGCCGAAGCCCGCGCCAAUGUGCGUCAAUAGUUUUUCGUCAUCCAAUUUCUAGUAUAUGCCAAGGUUUCUGCACAAAACUUCAAGUCAGAGUUUUUAUUGUAAACUUUUUGUGUGUUGCAGCAUUUUUAGUCCUGAAAUGCCGAAGCUGGCCGGUACGUGUUCCACAAGCAUCCGGGUGCAGUCCAUACCUUAUGCACUUAAUCUCAUAGAUUCCUAGUACCAGAUAAAUUACUACGUGCAAUUGAAAUUUAUUUGCUACCUGUCGUAGGUGACGUGACUCGCGAAACGUCGCACAGUUUUUAUGAGUGUUCCUGUAAUGCUAAUAGCAGUCAACUCGCACCUUCAAAAAGUUGUUAGUGAAACGACCACUCCCCAAAUCAAGACGUAGGUUGAUUUAUACGUUAUUACUUAUCAACUGUGACGUUAUUUUCUAUGAAAAGCCAAUCUGAAUGCGCAUGUAUUAAAUAUUGCCUAUAUAAGGCAAAUGUUGCGUAGAAUAAGGAAAGCAAGCGGGUUAGAUGGGGGAAGUAAUGGAAACUAAUUAGAACUGCAAAAUAUCGUUACCCACUUGCUCCCCUUUUGCCUCUACGACAUUAAGAAGUCUGACAGAAAUGGAAACGAUAAGGUCGUCCAUGGUGGAUUGCUCUCUGUAGUUAUUUAGCACAAAAUCAAGUACUGCUAUUUUGACGUUUUUUUGUGUGUGCGCCGACUUAUUUUGAUUAGCAAGAUAUGAUUUCCAAUGGGGUUACGUCCUGAUCUAUUGGGAUAAAUGAAAGUACUUCGCUGGCCGAAGGCGGAGAGGCCAAUUGUGGUCUAGAAGACUAGAAUAUAGUCGUUACCGUUGCUAGAAUUGUGCGCCCUCUUGAGCUGUGGACAAAAAACUGUCCUACAGCACCAUAGCGUCCAGUCGCCGGCGGUAAGUGUUAUUGAAACCGAAGGCAUCCUUUACGUCGACGAACACCCUGUUGUUGGUAAUAUCUAUAGUUAGCCUUCAGGUUGGUCGUUCAGGAAAUCCGAUGGUCAUUCAAAUCAUCACGUGUCGGCAGUUCUUGAAAGUUGUCGUUGGCGCAUUGUGUUAUUGCAGAUAUUUUACCAUACCUAACUUUCUGGUCUGACUCCGAUAUUUUCUGCAAGCAAGACCCCACAGAAGGGCAUUCUUCUCCAGAAUGAAGUUUUGUGAUUGAUGUGUCCGUUAGCAAAUAAAAGCGUUCUCCAGUCGGUUUGCUGCUUCGAAAAUGACGUCGCCAUAGUUCCUUGCUGAUGAGAACGAAACUCCUCAGUCCUUUUCCCAUUAACGCCCUAGUGGAAUACUGAUAAAUUCCCCCUUUGAAAUCUUAGCGGGUGUAUAAUUAUACCCGUUAGCAUCUGACGAAUAAGGUAAUCGUCUUGCUUGCUCGUCGACUGUUUUCGCCUACCCCGCUUUUUUCAGGCACCAUUGUAUUACUGAUUCGCCAUAAUAUGACCUUACUAUUAUUUAAAAUGCUUGUUAACCACUCAAGUGGCUAAUAAAAAUUGCCUUGACAUCUAUGUUGCACAGCACAGCAGCAAAAAGUGGCAGUAUACGUCCUGUAAUUCUUGGUGCCGUAAGGCAACCGUUAAACAAGUUAAGUACUGCGUACCUCGGCAAAGAAUACCACCAAUUUUCAAAUAAGUGUUUCGAAAGCUGAAUCAGUUCCUCAUUUCUUGAAAAAGUGUAGUGUGAAUUUUCUUCGCGCAUAAUAGUGCUCCUUUAAGAAAAAUGUGUACAAGGAAGCGACUUUUUCUGUAACACCCAGUAAGGGAGAUUUGUUUGGGUAUCAAGAGAUGUCCGCUUUCAGCUACAAGUGUCAAGUUUCCCUUUUAUAAAAGAUCUGUAAGCAAGAUUCUUCAAAAAAGGGCGUUUCACGUCCCGAAAUAAGUUAGUAAACAGGAAUUAUAGCACCAACUAUGCUUCUAACCGCUCAUUUGGAUUUCGCUUACGACAUUUAUGAGUUCAGUCAUCCGUAAAAUACUCCUUUCGCACAGCACCCGCCUUCAUGAACAAGUGGGGCAGUCUAAUUGUGACUCAGACCAGAUGCCCAUAAAACUGCCGUCAGACUCGACUGUGAAAGUCCACGCUGAGAAUUGGCGUUCAAUCAACGCUGAUUGUGUUUUAACUCUACCAUUAUUAGCGGCAAUGCCUAUUUCCUAAAAAGCCGUAGUGUGUGCUGACAUACUCAAAUUGGAUGUCUCGUAUACUUGGAAUCUGUCGUACUAGAGAUUGCCUAUUGAAAUCUCCGGCCCAUUAAUCUUAAGGGAUCCCCGAAAUUCGGAGGUCUAAACCUUGUGUUAGUCGGGUGAUAAUGCGACACUUUUGCAACUUACGCAACUCUUCAGUGAGAUGCGUGCAGAAUGCCUGAAUAUCGGACGACUUGCCAAUCUCACCGUUCAUUCUAAUGGCGAAAACGUAACCAGCAAAAUGCUUCAUUUUCUGGCCAAAAAUAAACCGCAGACCAUUUCUAGUCCCACGAUGAACUGGUAGGCCAUCCAUAACUAUGUUAUUGACCAUCUUUUCUGUUAAGAGAAUUAAAUUCAAAGCGACAUUCCCGAAUGGCCAAGCAUAAGGGGGGCGCGUCUGUGGUAGUCCUUGUCUUCAACUAUAUUCGUGCAUCUAAUAAGAGGUCUGGUUCAGUCGCGUUGAUAACUUGCAAACAAAUUCUCUGUUGUUUAUGAUGCCCAUAGUCUCCACGCCCAUCUUAUAGGAAGAAAAUUGUGUCUAAAGUGGCGGCAACAGUCGUUUGCACACCUUAGAGUUCUCCCUUAUUGCCACUCGAUGAAGGCGAACCAUAAAGCGCCUUUUUAUUCACGUUGGUUAGAAAUUUAUCCCAAGUAUACUGUACUUCACCUCCCGGCAUGUGAAUUCGGCAAACUUCCCUUUGUCUACACUUUUCCCGUCCUCCAGUCUUAUUCUCUUGUACUGUGUAAGUUGCGUUGAGUUGAGUCUACAGUCGUCUUGUUCGUAGGCGGGACUUUUUGCUGCCAUUUUCGCAUCAUUUUUAGUCAUGACUCGGGAUUGGCAGGGCUUUACACCAAGCUCCCGCCAUAUUCUGCCAUUUAUUCAGAUUCUUGUUAAUUUGCAUUUUUGUUUUCUCACUCAUAGCUUCCCAAGUAACCUUUUUAGGCAGGUCAGGAGAAUUUCCGCUCGCUCACUCGUUCGUACUAUCGAGGGGCUGCUGGUCUGCUUCUAGUUUAUGACAUCACAAGGUGCGUUUUCAGUGUCACUCUUUUCGAAUAUUUGAUCCGUUUCGAGUUGCCUUUCACUCCUUUACAUCUCUCUACGAAACUAAGUGUCUAAUUUCUUAACGGAAAGGGUGAUAUAAUCGGCACCCUCCUGUCGUCGAUGACUACUUCAAUUAUCAUUGCAUUGCUACUUCAUACUGGAUCGAAAUCUUGAACACCGGGCUUUCCACUCGUCCUAAAAGAUUCUAAGACCCUCUAAGACCGUCCACGAAAGACGAUUGAGAUUAUGUCUGGUUUCGGUCAUCCAGCUCACGAGAUAAGUUUUGCUGUCCUAGAUCCAUCGCGGCUGUCUCAUUGGAGACAGUAAUGAGAUCAUCUGUAACUUAGCUCGCCAAAGUCUGUGCGAAGGUGUCCCAGAUGCCUUCGGUAUUCGGACUUCGGCCUUGGAAAAGGUGGGUCGGGCUUGCGAAAUGUGCAGUCUCAGGUGGUCGUCGGUAGGAGGAUCCUGCGCAAGCGAUCGCCCCGAUCAAACAGGACUGCGACCGUUCCAAAUAAAGGUACUAUUCGGUAUGCAGCUGAACAUUGGACAAUCGGAACGAUUGAUCUGCGACUGUACAGCGCAGGCAGUUUCCCAAUCCUCCUGAAUAGCGACGUGUUUGAGGCAGUUUGAGGCCGUAGCUGCGCUGUGCCGCGCCCAUGUCAGGAGAAAAUACUGAUUCUGCCUAAUGUUCUAUCGGUUAUGGAGGCCUCUCUUACCUCACCGUGAAGUACAAAAGGCAGUUUUCGAGAUAAGAAGCUACGGUCAGGGCGGUUCUGCUUUGCUGCCGUGAAAAGUGGCUUCCAUACUUGUCUGACUUCGGUUUGGGACUACUGCGGCCUUGCCUGACCGACCGAACAAUGUCAAAAUCUGCGCUAACACCCCCGAUGAGAGACGCUUGCUAGUGGUGAUAUAACAAUUGUUCGCCACCGAUUACGCACUGAGGCACGUUUGCGAGGUCGCUUAAAUUGCUUGCUUGGCCCCGUCGCCGUUGCUCUGACGGUGGUUGAAUGAGGAGUGGAUAGCUGUGAUUAAGCCAGAUGGGUUGAUAAUGCCAGACCCGGCUGUUUUUUGUGUUCAGAAAGGAAACGCCAACUGAAUAACGAUCACUUGGGACAUAUUUGGUGAUCGCAAGGCAUAGGUCUUACCGAUUUGCGAUACCGUGGACUCAGGAACCGGCCAUGCCAACGUCGGUGCUAGUAUAAUUGUGUUAUCAGGCCAUUUUCCCCGUAUAAGAGGAGGUUACUUCAGGGUAGCAACUAAAACUAAGAAGCUCACGUCAUGGAAGACCUGCUUGUUUAAGUUGGGAAGCGAUCUAAUACAUAGGGAUGAUGUAUUUGUAGAAUGCAUGCCUACCAGCUAACCGAUCCUUUUCGCCUACUGGACCACCGAACCGUCGUUCUGUUGUCAUUGAUCAACGCUGCAGGACUUACUGCUAUUCCAUUAAACGUAGUGGAUCCUUUGCCUUUCAGUUUAAAUAGUGGCAAACCGGUUGGCGGACCAAGACCAUACCUUCGAGCCCGAUAGAAUGGAGAUCCUUGGAGUUGGUGACUGCCGCACAGCCCUCGGGCUGCCUCAUUCUUCAGCCCAGCCGUGUCCCCGUAACACACUGUCAAGAACCAAUGACAUUAAUAAGAUUACUUGGUAAGGAACAGGAAUAAGUACCACCCGCAUUAACUUGUGGUUGGGGUUAGUGGCAGGGUUCAGGGUAAGGGGGCUAGAGUUGGGGUUAGUGUUCAGGUCAAAGUUAAGACGAUCACUGGAAAUGAAUCUUAGAGUGAACAUGUAGAACCUCACGUUUGCCGAGGAUCCUGCACCCCAACUCCAUAAUCGAAUUUGUCCAAUUUUACAAAGCGAUAGCUCAUCGUCGUCGUCUGACCUGAGUAUCCAGUGCCUGACGUUUAGAUUACAAAGACUGCUUAAAGUUUGCAUUCUCCACCCCGCACUAAACAUCAUUCAUCUUUUUUGGAUUUUCAACUUCAUAAAACCGGUUUUUCUUCGCGUCUAGGCCGCAAUUUAAGAUGCCAUUGUGUGUCUGCGCACUGCACUACUCCUCUUAUGUUUAUGGGCAUUAGGCGCGACUCCUUCAAUAACCUCCCCUCCUGGCUCGAAGACCUUCGCCAGUAUGCCAAUGAGAACGCGGUCAUCAUGCUGAUUGGCAACAAGUGUGACUUGGAAGUGCAGCGGGCCGUCAGCACGGAGGAAGGUCAGGCAUUUGCCCGAGAAAACGGCCUCCUCUUCAUCGAAACCUCCGCUCGAAUGGCCAUCAACAUUGAGAAGGCUUUUCUGCAGACUGCUGAAGAGAUCUACUCGCGAAUUCAGCAGGGGAUCUUGGACGUAAAUAAUAAGGUGAAUCGCCCCUUCAGUUCUCCUUAUUAGAGACUCCUUUUUUUAUGAAGCCCGGCAUGGCUCUAUAGUUUGUGUGGUGGGUAAAGUGCCGUGAUGUUGGCGGUUGAGGAGUGUUGGCUGGCUGAUGAAACUUAUGCAGACCACAGUGGUUGUCAGUGGGGAGGCAGGUCCGACGCCUGCUACUUUUAGGUAAAAAAUGCUGUAAUUAGGAGGGGGUUAAAGUUAGUAGGCAUGAGCAGCAUUCGUGAGCUUAGGUUUGGAAAUUCCUCUGAGUGCUUCUUCCAGUGCAGCGGAUGUUGAGACCACCUACCGCUGGAGCAAGCAAGCGGUGGACUGAGGUCGCGUGGUUUGUGGUGUGGGAGUCCACUGAUCAGCGGUGCAGCAUUAGAUUGGCGAGCUGGGCUCGGAGGUCUUCAGCCACAACUGUCCGGACCUAGACCAUGCGUUUACAGCACGGGCAGGUAUGCAGUCGUUCGACGUCCCACGACGAAUUUUCAUUUUGCUGUUGUUGUUUCGGUGUUGCGCCAGACCAACACGGAAACCUGACCGGUGCAUGGCAUGCGUUAUUGGGUUGUGCACCAGACAUGGUGGCACCCCCAGGCGCAGGCCCGUGCCGCGCCAGUCACUUUCCUCCAAUCUCCGCACCACGUAGCUGACCGCCUUGGACAGUGGACUGAUGCCUAGGAGGGGGGAGGGUGAAAGGUAUCGACACUGAGGACCGCGUCUUCACGACAUUCAGCGAUGAUUCCUCUGUGUAAAAAGUCUGACGCGCUUUCAAAAUAUCACGAUGCACUAAAAGCCGUGGCUUGAGGGACUGCCAAAUGACGGGAUAAUUAGGUCCUUCUCUCGGGACGGAGGGUCAGACUGCAAUGGCUCCUUAAUGUAGUUUCUAUGAUACUCCCACUCAGUUAGAAUCCGAGUCAUCCCCUUGUUGUUUUGCUGAAAACCUGGUCGAUCGCGAGCGGCCUGACGUGUGGGGCACGCGUAGGCGAGCCGCUGCGCCCUAUCCCACCUCCGUCCUUCUUGACUGUCUUGACACCAGACCCGGGUAGGUGGGGGAGGAGAGAGUGCGAUAUAUGCAGUGCAAGCCUGUUGACACCGUAAACUGAUUCACAUGCAAGCCACCGUCACCGUAUGCACCCUGCUUUCGGGGCAAACGGUGGAUCUCAUUGCUAGCGAUGGCUGAAUUGUCCUUUUUGAUGUUCCCGUGCUCGCUAAGGUAUUCCCUCUCACCUCUGUGCGAGUAGUGAAUGUAUGUUAACGGUGAGCGCUGGUGUACGAUGUUGUCAGCGACGUUGGAUUGGGCAGCUUUCGGAAAGAUGUUGUCAGCCUUAUGUGGUCGCUGCCUCGUUUUGGCUUCCUGAAUUCUUUUGCCUAGAAUGUUGUACCUAUGCCCUUAACGGCCAGAUCGGUGUGUUUCCUGACCCUGAGCCAGUCAGCCAGGCCUUCAAAUUGAUUCCAAAUCAUGCAACCUUGGUCUUGCCCCGAUCUGUGGGGGUGUUUGUCAACAUUACACCAGAAGGAUCGAUUUAGCAGGCGUUCGCCGGUCAUCGUCAUCUUAAAAACACGCAGAAACAGUCGCGACAAAAUUUUUUUAAAUAUUGGAUUUCCAAAGGGGGAUUGUGUCUGUCGAAGUUCAGCUAGGCCACUUGCUACUUAGUGUAGUAGGCCCCAGUUUUCCAACCGAACCUGAAAAAAAACUUGUCUUGAGGACUUUACGCCGAGUUCAGGGGUUUAUUUCUGAGGGUUGACAGCGGAUGUGACCAUACACCGGAAGGCAUGCUAAGAAGGGCACUAAUGAGCGAAAACCCUCGCUCCCUGUGUUAGGCAACAGCACAAAAUCGGUAAGACAUGCGCCUGGCCUUUUAAACACCUCGUGCUGGGAGUAUGCUAGUUCAAGCUGCCCUUAUCAGAUAAUUGUAAAUACCUGAUGUGAUACGGUAUUUUACUUAUUUCCCCGCCCAUCAAUAAAAAUAAUUUCUUCAUGCCUACUAUUAAUUUUUGAAAUGUGUAAUACUAGGUCAUAUUGUUUUGAAUUAAAUGCUGAAAGUAGUAUUGCAGAUUUAUGCGUAUACCCAGACAAAGUCAUAAGAUAUAUAAAUUACGAAUUUCUAAAGAAUAUUUAGCAUUUCCAAAUCUAUAAUAACGAAACCACCCUUUCUCAAAUGUGGUAGGUACAGAAGAAUUACUAGUCACUCGUCUCAAGUCAAAAAGUCACUACGUCUGCAUAAGUACCAAAGGAGUAGGAAAUUCCUCAUCGGAGAUCACUUUUCAGGCAUUACACUUGGUACCCUAGAACCGCUCACAAGUGAAAAUUCUCAGGCCACGAGAAAUAAGAAUAACAAGGCAUUAAUUUUUGUCAUUGCAAACGUGUUUAUACAACGGUUCCCAUUUGAGUGAGCGCUUUCGCAUUUAGUUCUGUAGUUCAUUAGUUGCAGCAUUCCGUAUGAAGAUGCGUGUUGGUAUAUCGCGUGUUGAUUGCGAAUUGUUUGCGCUCGCACACCUCGCGUGGAAAGUCAUGUGCUGACCUAAAGUUUAUCCGCCAGACAACGUUCGGCCUGUUCGUUCGCAUUUCGUUUAUAAUUUAAGAAAUGUCUAGGCUCCACGAGCGAGACUCGCAUCGUCGGCGUCUACUAAAGAAAGGCCGAGAAUUUUGUGAAGCCAUACACUCAGCUGAGUCAUGCAUUAAUCGCCGUAUUGAGUUAGACGCCACGCCAGCCAUACCAAACCCCGAAGUGUCGAACAUCUGGGGCUCUAUCACUCGACCUGUUGGUUAGAAGUCCAACACCUCUAACCAAUGAGCCACGGGUUCGUUGUCAUGUCGAUUGUGAUUGAGGAUAUACAAUGGUAGAAGUGCGCUCACCGAUAGUGUUACGAAACUCACUCGUCCCGUUGUGCCUUAGUCCUCUAUCUCCCUCUCGAGUCCAUCCAGUCUUCCUUUGUCUUUGUCGGCAAUAUUACUCUGCCUAUAUUACGCGCCGAUCUGCGGCUGCUGGUUGGACUCGAGAGAGAGAGAGUCCCAAGGCACAGCGGGACAAGUGGGUUCCGUAACACAAUCGGUGAGCGCCUCCUCUACCAUCAUAUGUAUAUAUAUAAUGAUACAGGGGCGCUCCCCGAUCGUUCUUACGGAACUCACUCGUCCUGUUGUGUCUUACAGGUUCUCUCUCGAGCCCAACCAGCAGCAGCACAGCGGCGCAUGAUAUAGGCAGUAUGUUACUACCAACAAAGACAAGGGAGACUGGAAUGGGUAUUUGUGGCUUAUUAGCCGUCGUCAGCCAGUCAUACCCAACCCCGAAGUGUGGAACACCUGGGGCUCGAACCCGUGACCUGUUAGCUAGAAGUCCACACCUCUAAACCUCAGUGUUGUGGUUAGGACCUUGCUAAAUCUCAUUCUCAUCUCCCUGUUGCGCUCUUUGUGAGCUACUUACGUGCGCGUAGAUGUGUAUGGCAGUUGGUUAUACCGUACUCCCGACUUAGGUACUAGCUAAAAGCUUAAACAAGUGCCUCGCCGGUGUUUCUGCUGCCACAUGACGCAGCUGCGAGAGGCUUGGCUCCUCAGUAGCUACCCAAGCCUUAUAUAUGUGUUCACUCAGGAAUGGGCGCACACGAUCCAUUGGCUUCACGAAAAACCACAUUCAGCAAAAAAUCACUACUUUAGUAGGAUUUUUCCACCGAUUUUGGGUACCUUUGCAAAUCCAAGUUUGUUUUACAAAAAGCAUGCACAAAAUACUCAUACUCAUGUGGUAGCAAAUCACGGCUUCUUUAAAUUUUAUACUUGAAGAAGGGACGAAUUGUAGUUUUAAAAAACUUUGUGGCUAUGAUAUCUUUAAGACCGUGAAAUAUCUAUUCAUGCAGUAUCGCAUCUACACAUUUAUUAAGAUUGUUUGUGCAGUGUACAACAUGGGUAACUCAGCUACAAAGUUGUAUUUACCGUUUAGGGUAUAUUCUUGAUGGCAUAGAGGAAUGCAUGAUUUUACUUGCUCGAAAGUAUGCGGCAUGGAGUUUUUAGACCCUAAGAGCGAGUGCAGCUGCGGAUCGGGUUAUUUUUAAAGUCGAAAGACGCCCUUUCUUAGAGUAUGUAAAUGCGAAGACGUAAUUUUCUGUCAAAAAUAUAAGGAGUGUUUCCCGUAUGUUUGUCGUAAAAUAUAUUUGAAUUCAUUACGGCAUCAAAAAUAACAUGUAACUUAAGUAGCCAUUUUUACCGAAUGGAGUUUCUGUAGGCGACGAAAGAGAAACUUAUUGUAAAGUUCCCGUCUUAGCGUGACUGCGGUAUCUUUGGAUUUUGUUGCAUGAUAAUCCUACAACCCUACCUCUGUAGUCCUUUCUAAUCGAAAACACAUUCCGAAAUUUCGGUACUGUAGUUAGUUGUGGGAUUUGAGUGUUGAGAGUAAGCGGGCCAGAAGCUGCCAUUCCAGUCCGUACUAUCAUAGUUGUGUCUUCUCGGAACCACAGCUGUUACUGUCUCUGGACUGUAAUGCCUAUAGUACGUGGUCCAAGCUUGUAGUUAAGAGUUCUGCAUUUUCCAUUAUCUGCUUCUCUUCCAACUUGACAAAAUUCUCUCACGAUUUGGUCACCUCUCGUAGCUCCCGAUCUGUUUUGCAAAUAAUCUGAAGCUCAGUUGAGUGCGUAACUCCUUAUCAGAGCCCUCUUAUUAACGUUUCCUUAUCCGUGUCCUCAACCAUUCUCUCCUUCAUCCUGACAGGAUAGUGGCAUAAGGCUGGGACCGCAGGCUCUCCUGACCGCUCCUCAAAGCCUUCCCUCAACACUGCCUCGACCAAACCGAAAUCGCAGAUGUUGCUGA